CCCGCAGAGCCCGCAGUUCCCAGACAAAAGCCUCGCUUGUCGCUUCGUUCGCUUGCUUCCCGGCCGCAAGGGUCUACCUCGCCUCGCCGUCUUCCGCCGCCCGCGCCGCCAUCUCUCCUACUCGGGAGUCCGUCUCGCCCGUAGAAGCGCGGAUCUUCGGGGUGGCCUCCGCUCGCGGCUCCAUUCCGGGCCUUGUGCGCCAGCGCCGCAGGGAGGAACUUGAGGGCGGUACUUGGGGAGUUCCUGUAGUUCCACGCAAGAUAUCUGAAGAGUGGAAUGCGUUGUUUAAAUUCCGUAGAACUAGAUCUUGCCAUGGUUGUUCCAUAAGGAAAUUGGUGAUAUAAUCUACUGCGGAUGCGGUAUGUGGUCAUAUGUUUCUUCUCCAGUAAUCAUAAACGCGUCUACACGGUCUUUGCGGAUUAGGGGGCAUGCCGUCUCUUUGGAUUAUCCCACUAGGACUGAGCAGAAGAAUGAAGCUAAUCUAGUGGUGGUACGACCAGACCGAAGAUGCAGGAUGAUUUUGUCGAUGCAGGUGCAGACCAUGGAAAUGGCAGAACAACUGCAGAGUUCAAGAAGGCUGUACCAUCUCUGGAAGCUAAUCUGAGAAAGCAGAAAGAGCAACAAAAACCAAGAAGGCCCUUGAAUCAUAACUCGGACAAGGUGGCAAAUGGGGUAUAUUUUUCAAAGUAUAAAGCUGAGUGCUAUGCCGACAGCCUCCGCAGGUACUGCAACAAUGGAAAGCUCAUUCAAGCUUGCCGUGUGAUCGAUGAGAUGGUGUUACAUGGCCUAGUUCCAGAUUCAAAGUGCUGUAUUAGACUAAUCCGUGGGCUUGUGAGAACUGGUAAGGCAAACAAAGCUAGGCAUGUUCUUGAGGUCAUGGUGCUUUCAGGUGGUGUUCCCGACACGAUCACCUGCAACAUGUUGAUUGCGCGACUUUGCUGCGAAGGGCAGCUGAGUUCUGCGAUGAAAGUAUUGGAGGAUAUGAGGUUUACCGGUUGCUCUCCAAGUGGCAUCACUUUUAACACUUUGAUUAGGUGCAUGUGCAGCCAGCAUAUGUAUGACAGGGCAGUCUCCUUUUGGAAAGAACAGCUAAGAAUAGGUUGGCCACCAUAUGAGAUGACGAGCACCUUGCUUGUUGAUCUUGUUUGCAAACAAUGCGGUCCCAUGCGGGCUCUUAAAGUAUUAGAUGAACUUGGUUUGGAGGGAUGCCAACCAGAUGUUGUCACCUACAAUGCUCUCAUCAACGCAUCAUGCAAAGCAGGCUGUUUGAAGGAUGCAAAGAUGAUCUUAACUCGUCUUGCAGCUGAAGGCAUCGAGCCAAAUAGUGCAACCUAUUGCAUCUUGCUUCAUUCCCUUUGUGACAAGAAAUUGUGGUCUGAAGUAGGUGAUUUGCUUUCACACAUGAAGCAGGCAAAUCAUGAGCCUGAUGUUACUGCCUACAAUAUAUUUAUCAACUACUUCUGUAAGUAUGGACAUCUGGAUCAGGCAAUUGAUGUUUUAGAGAUGAUGGUGAGUGAGAAAUGCUUUCCUGAUAUAGUGACAUACAACACACUUCUGAAUGCCAUCUCUAAAAGGGGGAUGGUUGAAGAAGCUCUCGGGAUUUUUCAUUCUAUCAGAGAAAAUGGAUGCCAGGUGGUUCGUAUCACAUACAACACCCUCAUAGAUGCUUUAGCGAAGAAGGGUGAGGUUAUUAAUGCUAUGACUCUGUUUGAUGAAAUGAUUGGUGAUGGGAUCAGUCCUGAUGAUGUCACUUAUGGUUCACUUGUUAUGGGAUUCUGUAAGAAGAACAUGGCCAAGGAAGCACUGGAGUUUUUGAAUCAGAUGCUUGCUCUUGGUUUUGAGGUUAAAGCAACUACAUUUUCCAUGAUGAUCCAAGCAUUGUGCAGAGAGUGUAAAGCUGAAGCUGCUGCUGAAAUACUAAGAGUAAUGGUAUCAAAAAAUAUUAACCACAGGAGUGCAUUUUACUUAUCUAUAGUGACAAGAGUUGCCAAAUCAGGUCGAGUUAAAGAGGCCCAAAUGCUACACCAGGAGUUAGUAGAGUGCAAGGUCCUUAAAGAAGAUUCUCAAUUUGUUUUAAGUAGCUAGUUGCUGGAUUGUAAGAUCCUCAAGUCACUCAAUAGUUAUGAAAGUGGUAGAAAAUUCAAGUCAGCUACAGCAGAUAAUUUCUGGAUGUUUUGCAGUGUGCAUGAUGGCUUCGAUGAGGUCACACUUGUUUGCGGAAGAGGACUGUUUGCCAGUACCACACCAUGAUGCUUGGCAUAGAAUGGACACAGUGGGGUCGUGCUAUGCAUUUCAUCUUUAAGCCUCACAUCACAAAGCAGCAGAGAGCAGCAUUGUUCAGAGACCGUGGUUCUGUGCCAUGCUUCGCGCACAUUACCUCAAUAAGCAUGGUUAUCGGCUGAUGAUUGAUUAUGUGUUCACGUGUUGUGCUCCUGGAGCAAUUGUCUUUGUUCAUGUAGCCGCCUCAACUGAACCUUAACUCCUUAAGAUCAAAAUGGAUUACUCCAAAUGGAUUAUGUGUUCACCAUGAAUUGUCUUAGCAGCUCAUUCAACGGACCACUCCAAAUGGACAGAUCAAAAGCUGACGAUGACACCGCCUGUUGUGCUACUAAUGCAUCUUCUCCAGACAUGUGGGAUGGGGAUAAGAGAAUUGUCCAUGGAGACUUGGGAUCCGGAAUAUCACUGCCACAAACGUCGUCUCUUCUAAUUUCACUUCUUGACAUAAAAAUUAUCAGUCAUUUUAGUUUUGUUCUAAAUCAAACUUUUACUUUUAACCAAAUUUAUAGAAAAAUACAUAAAUGUUAUACUAGAUAGACUAUGAAAUAUGUUUUCACAGUGUAUUUAUUUGAUACAUUUUUCUAUAACCGUUAAAGAUAGACACAAGUUUGACUUA